AUGGCAGCGGCGACGGCACAGUCGACGGGCAGCCUGCCCAGCGGGCUCGGGGUAUGCACCAGCGCACCCGACAUCUUCUACCUGCCGGAACUGGUUUUCGGUGGUCUGGUGUGGAUCCUGGUGGCUUCCACUCACGUCCUCCCACAGAACCCUCAGGGCUGGGUGAUGUUCGUCUCCGUCUUCUGCUUCAUCAUGACCUUCCUCUGGUUCAUCAUCUUCAUCAGCGGAGCUCACAAGAACAGCUCAAGCUGGGCCACCGCCGAUUUUCUGUACCACCUGUUGGCAGCAGUGUUCUACCUCAGCGCUUCAGUCGCUCUGGCCUACGUCAACGUGGUCCUCAGACCGGACACGGAUCUUUCUACAGUCUAUUAUUUGUUGUUUAAUGUCACAGCUAAAGAAUACAGGAUCGACAUCGCUGCAGUGGUCUUCUCGUACGUCACCACCCUGCUGUACCUCAUCCACUGCAUCUUAUCCGCCAUCAGAUGGAAAUCGUUCUGA